UCGCCUUUCCCCGGUAGCUGUCAUGGCAGGCCAGGAGGACCCGGUGCAGCGGGAGAUUCACCAGGACUGGGCGAAUCGGGAGUACAUCGAGGUCAUUACCAGCAGCAUUAAGAAAAUCGCGGACUUUCUCAACUCCUUCGAUAUGUCUUGUCGUUCAAGGCUCGCAACACUGAAUGAGAAACUGACAGCCCUGGAGCGGAGGAUAGAGUACAUCGAGGCUCGGGUCACAAAAGGCGAGACCCUCACAUAGAACGUCGGCUGUUGCUGCUGGGAGUGGCUUUAGAGAGGCCAGACCUCCGUGGGACCAGCCCCAGUGGCCAUUACUUCCUCCCUCUCUCCUUAAGAGCAACAGGGCUUAUUCUUGGUUUUCUUUUUGUGUGGCCUUUGGGCCCUGCUGUGUCAUCUGGGAAUGUGGUGUGCUUGUAGGGAGAAGGCCAGGGAGACGUCUGGAGACUUCAGGAGGCAUUUUUACACUUUCAGUACCGUUUUGUAGAACCAUCGGCCCCUGGAUUGGAGAUGGGCAGAGCCAAGUGACUGGGACUCUGUCUCGGCCCUCCCGGCCUCCCCUGUGCCCCCUCCCUGUCUCUUUGCACUUCCUUGUCUCUGCAGUGAUGCUCUGAAUGGCCCUUGGCUCCCCGGCCUGUGUGUGUGUGGGGGGGAUGAGCCCUCCCAACAGCCCCACCCGAAGUUGUGGUGAUUCUCUUGUCGUUUGCAGAGGGGUCAAAGCCAGGCCUCUCCUGGGCUGGAAGGGACAUUGCCAGAGUUUUCUUCCUGUCGGGGGCUGUCUUUGCUGCCCAUGUUUCCCUAAUAAACUCUUCCACUCUACCAGA